AUGAUUAAUAAUGAUGUUUAUCUCACUCAUUUUAGUGACACUUUCAAUGUUUAUAAAGACUCAACUCUUAAACCAUAUUCAAAAGUAGAAAUUCCAAAAAACUUUCUAAUUGAAAUGUUUCCAACCAAAAAUUACUACUUUUAAAACUAUAAAUUUUAACUUCUUGAUUUUAAUCAAUAAGUCUAAUAAAAAGAUAGCUAUUAAUUUUAAACUACUUAAAAUCUUGAAGAAUUUCAAGGAACUAUGCCAUUAGAAGAUAUUUUUUAAAUUCCAUAACAACCUCCUAUAAUAUCAACUACCCAAUAAUUUAUGACUACAUAGGUAUUAAAUACAUAAGAUCCUUGUUAAUCUACAUUAAUUAUUGAAGAACCUGAUUAAGCUGAAAUAUUUACAUUAAAUGAACUAAUUGUUUAGUAUUCAAACAUGAAAUUAAUAAAUUAAUAAACAUCUAAUAUUAAAUAAGAAGUAGCUACAUAAACAAAUUUAUUAGAAUAGGAACAGCCUCCAAUUUAGAAAAAAGCAACACUUUUCAGUGACUUAUUUAAAAUUAAAAAAUAACAGCAAAAUACUACCACUAAUGUUAUUACAAAAAUUUAAUCUCCUUAACCUUAAAUAAUUGAUUCUACAGUUAUUGAUUCUUAAAUAUUAGGAGCUACAGUUAAUGAUGAUGAAUAAUAAAAAUUCUUUGAAAAAAAAGAUGAAAUAAAAGGAACUGUGAUUGAUGAAGAAUUAGAAAAAGUUUUUUCAUCUUAAUUUAAUAAAGAGGAAUAAAAUUCAUAGAUUUCUCAAUUUAAAAGAAUUAAUAGUAGAGAAUCAGAAUAAAAUAAUAAUAAUCAUACUUUGCCUAAAAAGGAAGUUUAUUAAAAUAUUGAAUUAAAUGAUAUUUUUGGUAGUUUGCCAGAAUUACCUAAUUAGAAUAUAGUCUAACCUGUUAUUAAAAGAUUUUCAUCAUUAAAAUCUAAUCUAUUAAGUAUGAAGUCUGAUGAAAUUUAAGAAGAAAAGAAAUAAUCAUAAUAAGAAGAUACUCCUAUAAAAUUUAAAUAAUAAGGUAAUAAGGAAAGUAAAAAUANCAAGUUUAUUAUUCGUAAUGUUUAAAAUGUACUUUUUUCAAUUGUAAAUACUCUUAAUCUAAAAUAUAGGUUAUGAUUAAUAAUGAUGUUUAUCUCACUCAUUUUAGUGACACUUUCAAUGUUUAUAAAGACUCAACUCUUAAACCAUAUUCAAAAGUAGAAAUUCCAAAAAACUUUCUAAUUGAAAUGUUUCCAACCAAAAAUUACUACUUUUAAAACUAUAAAUUUUAACUUCUUGAUUUUAAUCAAUAAGUCUAAUAAAAAGAUAGCUAUUAAUUUUAAACUACUUAAAAUCUUGAAGAAUUUCAAGGAACUAUGCCAUUAGAAGAUAUUUUUUAAAUUCCAUAACAACCUCCUAUAAUAUCAACUACCCAAUAAUUUAUGACUACAUAGGUAUUAAAUACAUAAGAUCCUUGUUAAUCUACAUUAAUUAUUGAAGAACCUGAUUAAGCUGAAAUAUUUACAUUAAAUGAACUAAUUGUUUAGUAUUCAAACAUGAAAUUAAUAAAUUAAUAAACAUCUAAUAUUAAAUAAGAAGUAGCUACAUAAACAAAUUUAUUAGAAUAGGAACAGCCUCCAAUUUAGAAAAAAGCAACACUUUUCAGUGACUUAUUUAAAAUUAAAAAAUAACAGCAAAAUACUACCACUAAUGUUAUUACAAAAAUUUAAUCUCCUUAACCUUAAAUAAUUGAUUCUACAGUUAUUGAUUCUUAAAUAUUAGGAGCUACAGUUAAUGAUGAUGAAUAAUAAAAAUUCUUUGAAAAAAAAGAUGAAAUAAAAGGAACUGUGAUUGAUGAAGAAUUAGAAAAAGUUUUUUCAUCUUAAUUUAAUAAAGAGGAAUAAAAUUCAUAGAUUUCUCAAUUUAAAAGAAUUAAUAGUAGAGAAUCAGAAUAAAAUAAUAAUAAUCAUACUUUGCCUAAAAAGGAAGUUUAUUAAAAUAUUGAAUUAAAUGAUAUUUUUGGUAGUUUGCCAGAAUUACCUAAUUAGAAUAUAGUCUAACCUGUUAUUAAAAGAUUUUCAUCAUUAAAAUCUAAUCUAUUAAGUAUGAAGUCUGAUGAAAUUUAAGAAGAAAAGAAAUAAUCAUAAUAAGAAGAUACUCCUAUAAAAUUUAAAUAAUAAGGUAAUAAGGAAAGUAAAAAUAAUAAGAAAAAAGAAAAGCAGAAAAAGGAGAAAAUAAAAAAAGUUGGAAUGUUAAAAAAAAUCACAGAUGAAAUUAGUAACAAUUCAAACUCAGAAUUAGAAGAAGAAAAGAUUUAAUUUUAAUAAGAAUCGUAAGUGUCUCAAUCUUUAAAUUAAGUAAAUUAAGUGGAAUAGCCAAAUACAAAAAUUUAAGAAGAAAAAGCUUCUAAUGUUGUACCAAAAAAAAGAAGGGGAUUGAGAAAAAAAAGAUUGAUUAAUAAUGAUAAAAAAUUUAACAUAAUUGCUUUUAGUGGAUUUUAGGAAAAUGAAAUUCCUUAAGAAAAAGAUUUGAUGAAAUUAAAUCUUGAAUUGGUGUAGAGUUAAUUUGAGAAAUUUGAUUUAUUAGUAGUAAGUACUCCAUUUAAAAGGACAUUUAAAUUUUUGGUAGGUUUAAUGUAUGGUGCUGAGAUAGUUACUUAUGAUUGGCUUAAAGAUUCAUUUUUAGAAUAGGAAUAAUUAGAUCAUUAAGAUUAUAUACCUGAGAGUGAAGAAUUUGAAAAAUAAUUUGGAUUGAGCAUAAAAUAAAUUAUUUAAUGUAGAGAUGAUUAUUUUGAAAGCAAUGAUAAUAUAAUUAAAAUUUUUGAAGGGAAAUAUUAUGUAAAUGAGGAUGUGAUUCCUUCAAAAGCUGAGAUAGAAUAUCUGAUUACUUUAGGAGGAGGACAUAUAGUUAGAAAAUCAACAAUGAAAAAUGUUUAUGUAAUAAGUGAGAAUAAGAAACCUAAAACUUAUGGAUCAGAUUUUAUUUUGGAUGCAUGUAUGUUUUAUUAGUGA